UCUCUCUCUCUUUUUGUCUCUCAUAAUUCCACGCCCUAGAGGAGACAGAAGCAGCCUGGGCAAUCUUAACAGACACGCUGUCCUCAUCUCUUAUACCAGCCAGUGGAUACAACCACUUUGUUCACAACGCAAGCAUGUCUGACAAGCCAGACCUCACAGAGAUUGCCAGGUUUGACAAAACCAAGCUGAAGAAGACAGAAACAAAAGAGAAGAACCCUCUGCCCACCAAAGAGACUAUAGAGCAGGAAAGGAAAGGAGAUGCCACUCCAUGAUCUGACAGGGAUGGAGAAGAGAAGCACAAAAGAUGCUCUUCAGAAAAGAAGAUAUUACAAUUCCUUUUUCUGUUUUAAGGGUGCUAUUGCCCCAUGUGAUGCAUGGUUACUAUGGUGAUUGGAGUCACUGGGGCCUCUGAUUGGGAGAGCGAUGAUGGGGGUGACAUGAGACAGGGUUUAAAAAAAAGAUAUUUUAUGAAAUUAUUAUUAUUAUUAUUAUUAUUAUUAUUAUUAUCAUUAUUAUUUAGUUUUUAUUUUAUUUUUUUAUGUGUUUCUUCUUGGAAAUAAAGACAAAUGAUAUGCAAAACAAAUAAAAUGCCAAAAAUGACUCCUGUUCUCAAAAUGA